UUGUGGUAAAUUAUUGAUUUUGCUAAUAUUUAUCAAUUUAUGCAACUCAUGUUUAUCAAUAAAAUUUGUUGUUGAUGUGAUAUUGAAAGGUACUUGUUCUUGUAACUUGGUUACUUGGUUGGUAACUUGGUAUUAAUUUUAUCGUUAUAAAUUUUUAGGUUUCCUUAGGGUCGUAAAUUCUUAAAUUAUUAAAUGUUUGACUGGUUUUUAACUUACGAGUAUAUAGCCUGUUCCAGUAUAUCCCAGAAAAUCAUUUAUGAAUACGGAAUUCUGAUUCUUUCCUCUGACCAUGAGCGUAGUUGCUAUAAAUACAGUAAUAUUCAGGAAAUGACGUUUUAUACUGUUUUCACUGUGGAUGUUUACACUUGCAAUCAGUCUGUAGUUGUACAUGGCGAAGCAAAAACCGGUUCGAAAGAAAUGGAUUUAAAUCUUAAUAGCUGACGCUAGCCAGGCAUACUUCUAGCGAUGUGAUGUGUGAUGGGUGAACCAAAAUGAACUUCCACAGACCACAGUAUCUCCUGUUUUGGGUGUUUCUUCCAUAUGCACAGAGGCAGUCUCCACCGGAUGGAUGUUGCGAGACGCCCACCCGCCCGGACUCCAAUCCCCGCCCGCGGGAGCGCAUUCGCUUCGAUAUGGACGCGCCCACGGACCAUUCCGCCUCCGCCGGCGGCACCAUCGGCCUGGGCCCCUACCACGCCCUCUUCCAGGACCCCCUGCCCGGGAAUGCCAAAUUUAUCGACGCCCACACCCAUUUGUGUUUCUUCCUGAGUAAACUGGGCGACCGGACGGUGCAGACGUACGGGGAUAUUCGGCUGGCCUUCCCGCAGGCGUAUCCGCCGUCGUACGGCGGCGCCAUCCAGGUGUUCUGCGCGCCGCAGUACCUGACGUCGUUUGACACGUGGCGGAAGCGGCUGGUGGAGGGGACGGAGGGGGAGCUGUGGUUCACGGCCGGCUGUCAUCCGCAUUUUGUCGGCGAGUGGAAUGACAGUCUCAAGGCGGCCUUGGAGCGGGUAAUGACGGAUCUGCGGGCGGGGAACCGGUUGGUGGCGCUGGGAGAGUGCGGUUUGGAUUUUGACAACCGGAACAGAGGCGAUGAUAAGAAGGUGAUCCAACGUCGAGUGUUCAAAGAGCAACUGGACAUGGCACGACGGUGGGAUCUGCCGGUGGUAAUUCAUUGCCGGCAGGACGGAGCUGAUAGUGCAUGUCAAGCGGAAAAGGAAUGUUUCGACAUCCUGAAAGAGCGUUUGCCGCACAAUUGGCCGGUGCAUCGGCAUUGCUUCCGGAGCGACUACUUUGCAGCGAUCCGGUAUAUGGACUACUUCCCUAACGUGGUGCUGGGCUUUGUUCCCCUGGACUACUCUAAGGACACGAAGUUGAGCAAUGUCAUCCAGAGUGUGCCUUUGGAUCGCGUUGUGCUGGAGACUGACGCACCGUACUUCCUGCCCGCUCAGAUGACGAAUUUCCCUCGCGCACCAAAUCAAAAUCAGUUGUCAGUGCCUGGAGGAUUGGCAUUGGCCACUGCCAAAAUCAUCGCGGAAUUAAAGAAUCUUCCCGUUGAAAUGGUCGCUGAACGCACUUACGAAAACACGAAGAGAAUUUACAAGUUGCCCUAAACUGUAAAGCUACACUUUGGCUUUUAGCUUUUUAUGAUAUGAGCCAUUCCUUCCUUUGAAUCUCGUGUUUUAAAAAAAAUAAUUGUUUUGAUUUGUCUUUCGGAAGUGUAUUUAAUCUUUGGUUUUGGACAAUUGCUCUGAUAUUUUUCUUGAGUUGUCGUCACAUGGACUAGUCUGCUGGAAUACCGCAGAAUGCAGUGCUUUUCGUAGUUUUCGUAGUUUUCGAACCUAGUGACUGAUUUGAAUUUUAAUGUUAAUGUUUGAAAUAAUUUCAUGCAGCUUAUGCGGACACGAUAAAGCAUUUAAUUAACAAA